AUGCUAUUAGUUAUUUAUAUAAUUCGGUACAAAAAUGUACGUUAUAUUCAAAGUAUAUUAGGCAAACAAUUUGAUAAUUUAUUUAAUAAAACUCAAAUUAUUUUACAAAAUGAUAUCUUAUGUAAUUAUAUAAAUAUUUUAUAUGUUUAUUCAAAAAAUUGGUUAACAAUUGAUCAAAUAAAUGGUAUUCAAAUAACAGAAAUACGAAAACAUGAAUUAUUAUCAUUGGAAUAUAAUAGUUAUUCAAUUAUUAUUGUUCAAUUAAUAAAUCAAUGGAUGGGAUGUAUUGAAGAUAUUAUAGAUAAUCUUGAAAAUAAACUCAUAGCAACAACCACAUUUCUAUCGAGAAAAAGGCAGAAUCUUCAUUCUACUUUCGACGUGGAUCUUACAACGAUGGCUAUUACUUUAUCAAGUUUGAUACUUAUUCUUCUAUCAAUUGUAUGUGUAUUUCCGUUUACUUUACAACAUUCACAAAAUGAUAAUAUGUGUAAAACAACGGGUAGUAUAUUAUGUAUAAAAGAAGAAUUAAAAAUAAUUGAAACAAUAGCCAAAGGUAUUGCACGUGCAUCCGGUGAAAUAGAACAAACUAUUGAACAAACAAAAGCUCUUGAAACACUCAAUCGUUAUAUUAAUAUAGAAAUGAAUUAUACACAAUAUAAUGUACCAAUACCAGAAUUUCAUAAUGCAUUUUUUCGAGCUAAUAAUAUUGAUAAAGAAUUUUUAAGUGAACUUUUCUACGAAGCACAUAAUGCUAUGCUUUUUUAUUAUAAUUCCAUACAAGAUUUACUUGAUUUAAAAGUUGAAUAUGCUGAAACAAUUGAUCAAUCAUUUAAAAAAAUACAGGAUAAUUUAAGAUUUGAAAUAAUUUGUCGAUAUCGAAGUGCUCUGAAUGUUUUCUCUCAAAAAUGGAAAUUAGUCAAUGAAGCUGGUCGAAUAAAAUUUUCAAGACAACAUCGUCUUGCUCCAUCAUUUAUUCAUCAUAUACAUUCAGUUGUUAUUGUUCGAUAUUUACAACAAUGGAUGGAAUUAAUCAAUUAUGUUAUUGUUAAUCUUGAAAGUAAAUAUUUUUAA